CUACAUCUGGAAAACUGGGUCACAUUUUUCAUCCCCACCACCCAUAUUCAUCAAGAACAAUGCUCCAUAUUAAACCUUUUUUUUUGACAGGAUGCUCCAUAUUAAACUUGACAGCAACUUGUAUAGGGAUAAGCUAUAGGCUCUUUUUGUGAGUAGGCCUAGUUUGUUUUAGCUUCUAAUUUAUGUGAGCAUUUUAAUGAAAUAAGUAUUUAGCUGACUUACAAAAGACUUCUUUAGAAGUAUAUCUAUACUGGCUCUUAGAAAACACUUGGUUAUUACAAGCUCUUUUCAAUUUUCUUUUCCUAUAAUUACUUGUUCAGGAUAUUUCUUUCUUACUCCUAAUGGUAGCUGGGAGCUUGGGACUUCAAAUCUGUAAAAUUCCUUUUAAUGGGAUUUCUGUAAUAUUAAAGUAGCAUAUAUUUAACUUGAUAUAUCAAUUUGGGCUUGGAUCCAACACUAAUUUUUGGAAACUCGUGACUCGACAAAAGAAAUGAUGCUGGUGUAUUGUUCUUUUCCUCUGGAACACUCUUGUGAAUGACAACAUGUCACGUCUAAGAAAGAACCAGAACUAUCCAAUACUAUCAUUAUUCUCAAGUUCUACAUGUAUCUAGAGCCACUUUGUGAUGUGCCUCUCCGACAUAUCCUAGAAGUUCUUGGACACUUCUGUAAGCAUCCAGAGCCAAGUGACCAACAUCAACCCCAUAUCUUUAUUUAAGUUGUGUCAGCAGUUCCUUUCAUUAUCAACGAACACAAACAAAUUACACAUAGACAAGCACUUCAACAUCAAACUCAACAAAUGGCUUUGGCACGUUUGGCUUUGAGAAAUUUGCAGCAAAGGGUCUCUGCUUCUUCCUCUGCUCCCUUGAUAAGGCAUCAUGGUAGUGUGGAGAAGCAGAGGUGGGGCAAUGGGUUGGUGGCAAGGUUUUCCACUGCAGCGAGUGAGAAGGAGAAAUCUGAAGGGAGUGAAGUUGCAGUCACGGAAGGUAAAAAGUCAAGGUUGUUCCCUAGGAGGAAGAGUAGGAGAUGGCUUUGGAGAAAUGAUGACCGUGACUUCUCUCCUGCACUUCAUGAGUUGUUUCCAUCAAGCCUUGGGAAUGCACUAAUGCAAGCAACUGAGAACAUCAACAAGCUAUUUGACAACAUGAAUUUGACACCAUGGUCUCUCAGCGGGCGCGUGAAAGAGUGGGAUGACCAUUACAAACUUCGUUAUGACAUGCCAGGAAUUGCCAAGGAGGAUGUAAAGAUCACCAUUGAUGAUGGGAUGUUGACAAUUAAGGGGGAGCACAAGGAAGAGAAAGAAGAAGGGGAUGAUGAUGAGUAUUGGUCUUCAAGUAGCUAUGGCUACUAUAAUACCAGCUUGGUUUUGCCUGAUGAUGCCAAGGGUGAUGAAAUUAAGGCAGAGUUGAAGGAUGGUGUGCUAACUGUGACUAUUCCUAGAACUGAGAAGCCCAAAAAGGAUGUGAAACAAGUGACUGUACAAUAAAUUUGGAAUUUUAUGAGUGUGUGGUAGUGAUGUCGUGAAAUAUGAAGUUGUGAGCCUAUGGCGUUAAUAAGAAAUAAAAUUUCAGCCCUGUUCGUGGAAAAUUUCAAUUGGAAUCAUUCUAUUAUUGUUUGCCCUAUUUUGGAUUUAAUGACUUCUUUUUGGGCUUUGUUGUUGUAUAGGGUGGUUUUUGCUCAGGCUGCAGUGAGAGUUGUUUUCUUUUGUCUGUUGGGCCUAGGUUGUUUUCUUUAGAAAUGAAGGUUUUUUUUUUUUAAAGAAAUGAAGGUUAUAAAGA